UCUCAUAGUCAUUGUAUAUUCAGCUACUUUGAAUACGCACCAAGCAUCAUGUCUACCUUCGCUUUCCUCCUCCUCUGCGUCCAAGCUUGCUUGGUUCAGAAUGUGUACAGCCAGUGUCUGCGUGGUGCCGUUGCUGGACCUAUUGGGUGGGAAGCUGGAGUAGCUGGCUGCGGCUGGGGUCCCGGCGUUGCUGGCUUAGGCUGGGAAGGCGGAUUAGCUGGUCCCGUUGGAUGCGGUUGGGGUGCCGGCCUUGGUGGUCUAGGCUGGGAAGGCGGUUUAGCUGGACCCGUUGGCUGCGGCUGGGGUUCCGGCGUUGCUGGCUUAGGCUGGGAAGGUGGAUUAGCUGGACCCGUUGGCUUGGGUUGGGGUGCCGGUCUUGGUGGUUUAGGCUGGGAGGCCGGUCUUAGUGGUUUAGGCUGGGAAGCCGGUCUUGCUAGUCCCGGUGCUUGGGGCUGGGGUGCCUAUGGAGGUGCCGGUGUUGGUGAUGUAGCAGUUGCCGGUGAAAUGGGCGUCGCUGGUACUACACUCGUCGCAGGUCAGGUACCAAUCCUUGGUGCUGUCGAAUUCGGAGGUGUCGUACCAGCUGCUGGAGCUGUGUCCAUCGCCGGUAGCUGCGGCUGCGGCUGCAACGGUGGUUACAUUUACUGAGCAAAAAUUGUAAUAAAAAUCUUUUAAUUAUAUUUUUGGAACUCUAA